GGUGGGCGCUGCGGGCCACGGCCCGGGAAGGGCGCGGAGGGGCCGGCUUCGGCCCCCAGCUGCUACCGCUGCAUCGAGUGCAACCGGGAGGCCCGCGAGCUGUACCGGGACUACAGCCACGGCGUGCUGAAGAUCACCAUCUGCAAAUCCUGUCAGAAGCCUGUAGACAAAUACAUCGAGUAUGAUCCUGUCAUCAUCUUGAUUAAUGCUAUUUUAUGCAAAGCCCAGGCCUACAGGCACAUUCUUUUCAAUACUAAGAUAAAUAUCCAUGGGAAGCUCUGUGUGUUCUGUUUGCUUUGUGAAGCAUACCUGAGGUGGUGGCAGCUGCAGGAUUCAAGCCAGAGCACCGCCCCUGAUGACCUGAUCCGCUACACCAGGGAGUGGGACUUCUACAGGAUGUUCGCCAUCGCAUCUUUAGAACAAACUGCCUUUUUUAUUGGCAUUUUUGCUUUCCUGUGGCUAGAACGACCCAGGACAGCAAAGAAAAAGCCCAACUUCUUUCUGCUGCUGAAAGCGCUGCUGCUGUCGAGCUAUGGGAAGCUGCUGCUGAUCCCGGCGGUCAUCUGGGAGCACGACUACACACCACUGUGCCUCAAGCUCAUCAAAGUGUUCGUGCUGACCUCGAACUCUCAGGCCAUCAGAGUGAUUUUGAACAUCAACCGCAUGGUCUCUCUGCUGGCUGUGCUGAGUGGCUCCCUGCUGGAGAGUGCCAUGGUCUACUUCUUCCAGCGAGUGGAAUGGGACGUCAGUAGCGACUGCGCCAUCUAUAAGUCUCAGGACCUCUGAGGCUCCAUGCUGGUGCGUCACUGAAGUAUCCCGUGCUCAGUGCCCGUGUCUGCUGCAGCCCCAGAUCCUGCUGCCUCAAGCAUCGCUGUGGUACUGGCAAAAGGCGCCCUGACCUCCCCGUCACCAGCUGCUGAUCCUUCUGCACACGUGAGCAGUCGUCAGACGCCCAACCAGUGAGGGGAAGCGAGGGCCUUGUGGUGUGAAGCAGAAUCCAGAACCCCCUUUCCCCCCCAGCAGCACCAGCACUGAGAGAGAGAGUACCCCAGGGGAAUCCUUUAAACUCAAGUUUCUUAAAUAUUUUGUUUUUACAAUAGUGGAAACAUUUUUCUCAAUAAAGUCUUUCAAAA